ACCCUCCUCAAGAAAGGACACCAGAAUAUUUGCCUGCUGAACUUCUUUUCCCAAAAUCGUCUCUUCUUAGCUACAUUUUCUUCCAUGAUGAGUUGGCUGAAGUGUUGUGUGUUCCCCCUGGUGCUGCUGUGCAUGUGGCAGCUGCAAGAAGGAGCACAGGCCUGCACAUGUCCUUAUGACCAUCCACAGACGCAGUUUUGCCAGUCAGAUGUUGCCAUCAAGGCAAAGGUGGUUUCAAAGGCGACGGCCAGUGAAUUGAAGUACGACAUCACGUAUGACAUCAAACUGACCAAGAUAUUGAAAGGUCCUAUCAGGCACUAUGAUACCAUCUGCACUGCAUCCUCCUCUGCAGCAUGUGGUGUGACUCUGAACAAAGGUGUAGAAUAUUUCAUCACAGGCCAACUGAAGCCUGACGGGUCGCUGCGUGUUUCAUCCUGUAAUUACGUUGUACCCUGGGAGAGCAGCCAUGAUAUCCUGGUAGAACACUUUAUGAUGGGCUGUGAUUGCAAGAUCACUCGCUGCUCCUCUGUGCCGUGCGGGAUCGGCAGCCCAACUGAGUGCUUGUGGACAAAUACAAUUGACGAGCAGGACAAACAAUCUGCUUGCAUCAAGAAAAGUGAUGGUUCUUGUUCCUGGUACGGGGAGGAACCUAAUGGCAAUUAAAGACCCUAAACUCUCAAGCAGAAAAUGUCAGAUACAAAUAAAUUCAUUUAAAGAAA